AUGAGUACGGAAGCUAGCCACCAAUCGCUAAAAGGUGUCCACGAAGCACUUGCCCGGAAUGGUCUCCCGCCUAUAGGAUCCUCCCAAAUAUUUUCGACGACCUCCAUCGACGCUCUCGACCUUACAAGUGUUCCUCGUUUCAAGGCAGCAUCUUACAUUACUACCGGGGUUGAUCGUGUCAGCAGCAGAGGUACCGACAAUCUUAUCUCUCAUGCCAUCCCAAUCGACAACUGCGCUCGAAUUCUUGGAGCUGUUACCAACAACCGGACACUCCGCAAAUCUGAGAUCAGAUCAAACUAUCCUCGCCGCUGGUCGGUUGAUUGCUCGGCCUAUUCCGGGGGAGGAGGUCAGUCGUCAACCAAGAGUGAUGGGCAUCACGAAGCGCGCAAGUAUGAUAGUGUCUUCGAAGACACUGAUGCGUUCAGGGAAGCAGAAGCCUUUAGUUGGGAUACCUACACGAGUAUUCAGCGGCUAGACGUCUUUGAUCGCGACUACACUCUCUCCGCAAAGCCCAAUCAUACUGUCCUCGAAACGGCAAACGCAUCGAUCGAUGAAUCUCAGUUCCUCCACUUUCUCACUCUCGGCCCUGACGACGGUUGGUUUCACGACAGCCACAUAGACACAUCUCUGGAUAUACUGGAGCGAGCUGCCAACUGCCAAAAACACGGGAUCACAAUCUGUCGUAUUAGUCAGGGAUCCGAGCUCUACACCAGUAUGAGGAAAGCGCAGGAACUUCAAGAUCAGGAGGCAGUAUGGUUCGAUAGACUGCUGAUUGAGAAAUGCAGGAACAAAGACUUCAUCUUGGUACCGAUCAGUAACGCGUACGAAGACGUUUACGAGACAGGCUUGGAACGUGAACGUCAGUAUGAAGCGGCCAAGACGAAUCCCAUCACAGAGCCUACGCCCCAUGAAUCAACCGCAGGUAAUCACUGGUCUCUUCUCCUCGUCGACUGUCGCUCUUCGACCAUCAAAGGCCGCUACUUUGACUCCAGCUACCACGAAUCCGCUGGCCUUUUACAUCACUACGCAAUGGAAGACUCAAACAUUUGCAAAGCAGCCCUGAUGAUCUUGACUGGCGUACGAACGAUGCUCAACCAUGUCCAGCCGGGACGUUUCAACGAGGAAGAAUUUGUGUUUGACAUUGACACACACUGCCCUAACCAAGGCCAUGAGAAUGUCAGCGGCGAAGAAGACGGCCUGGGCGCUUGUGGCCCAUUUGUGUGGGAAAUGAGUAAGGAAAUCACGCAAUACAUUGCCGACUGUCGUGAAGACCCCAACUUUCCCGAUGUUGGUCAAGUCGACCCUUGUUUACCAGACAGUUACCAGCGCCGCAGAAACUGGGACUCAGCUAAAACGCGUAGGGCGAUAUGGAAUCUUGUGUUGAGAGAGCUGAGAACCCGGGAGUGGCUGAAUCGUACUUCGGAAUGGAUGGAUAGUAUGGGAAAGAGGAAUUCCACGCCGGGGGACGGCAUGGCAGGUUGGAGAUCUUGGCUGAAAGGAAAGGGAUUGAACGAGAUGACCUUUUGGGAUCCAUGGAAGCUAGAGAGUGAACUGGCGCCUCAAUUUGGGCGGCCGUUCAUAGUAGGCUCAUAA